AUGGACGGCGUCGAUGCUUUGCCUGUUGCUCCGAAGAGGAAGCAGGACGACUCAGUGGUGGCUCGACCACCAAAACAGCGGAAGGGUGGUGCCCACGACACGGGCAAGAAGAAGUCUGCGUCGUGGUGCGAGGAAAGCGUGGCACGACUCUUCUUUCUUCGCUACAAAACCGAACUCGCCAAUCGGUUCGACUCCAAAAACAACAACCAGAAGAAGGAGGCGUACGAAAUGCUGGCCUCGGAACUCAGUAUUGAUGUCAAUCGGGUCUAUUCUGCCAAGCAGGUGAAAGACAAGUUUACCAAUAUGAGAUCGGAGUGGGCCUUGACCAAGCCUUCACUGCCCAGGCCGACAGGGAACGACGUUGUUAUCAACGCCCCAGCGCAUUUUGCGUGCAUGUUGGAGUACUGGGGAUCCAAAGACGGAUUUCGCCGGGAGUCAUUGUUUUCUACGGAUGAAGGCGGAGGGAUCGUGCGAUUCCUCUGA